AUGGCUACCGCUGCCGCUGUCACCGCUGCCGUCCGUGUUGGUGGAGAUAAGGUGACGACAAUGAAGUGGCGCUUGUUGCUGACGGAAUCCCUCAAAAUCUCUACAGAUUCGGACUUACAUGAUUGGUUUAUGGAACGUGAUAUGAAGGAUCCGGCUGUAAUGAUCUUAAAUGACAAGCUUAUGUCAGAUGCUUUAUUUAAUUUGCAACCCAUCAAGUCAGAACACUCCUACAGUUUGAAUAGUGAUGGCGAUUCAUUGCCGGAUUCACCACGCAGCCUGCAAACGAAAAUGGAUGACAUGGAAGACGAAUGCUAUCCUGCAAUUUCGCUAAAAACCGCAACCAGCAACACAGCACGAUUACGGCAUGACGUAGACAUUUCCAGCGGCGUCGAUCCCAAAUGUCUAGCCAUAUCUGUGGAGUGCGAUGUCACACCGAUGGAAUUGUCCACCGUGGAAACCAGCAACCACGCUACAAGCAAUAGUAAGGGAGCAAAUACAUUGCUCACAACUGCCACAGUCCAUAAAAUAAGCGAAAACCAUAGAAAGCGAACAACGAAUGACAGCCCACUUGAAGAUAAACAGCUGCAACAACAACAACAACAACAACAACAGCAGCAGCAUCUUAUAAUACAUACACCAAAUGUUGUAUGCAAACAGCGCGAUAGCGGAGAUCGCGGCAAGAUUUUGGGGAGCGUGCCGGCAGCUGCAGUGUAG